AUGCGCAGGAGCAGCGCUUACAUCCCCGUGUCCACUGCUGCCGCUCUGCUGGUCACUUCAUCCACACUGUUCUUCGUCUUCACGUGUCCUUGGCUCGCUGAGCACGUGUCUCUCAUUUUCCCACCAUGUGUCGGAAUCGUGUUCCUCUUUGUUAUGGCAAACUUCACCAUGGCAACCUUCAUGGAUGCCGGCGUGUUCCCGAGGGCCAAUGAGGACGAGGACAAGGACGACGACUUCCGCGCGCCGCUCUACAAGAACGUAGAGGUGCGAGGUGUGCAGGUGCGCAUGAAGUGGUGCGCUUCCUGUCACUUCUACCGGCCGCCCAGAUGUUCACACUGCAGCGUGUGUGAUCAUUGUGUGGAGGACUUUGACCAUCACUGUCCUUGGGUGAACAACUGCAUCGGGAGACGCAACUAUCGCUUCUUCUUCCUCUUCCUCCUGUCUCUGAGUCUUCACAUGGUUGGUGUUUUUUCCGGCGGUCUCCUGUACGUCCUGGAUCACCUGGAGAACUUGUGGGAAUUGCACGCGGCUGUCACGCUGGCGGUCAUGAGCGUCUCCGGUCUGUUCUUCGUUCCAGUCUUGGGUCUGGCCUGCUUUCAUCUGGUGCUGGUGGCACGAGGACGCACAACAAACGAACAGGUUACUGGAAAGUUCCAAGGAGGAGUGAAUCCGUUCACGCGCGGCUGCUGUCACAACGUGCAGUUUGUCCUCUUCAGUCCCAUCAUACCGAGGUACACUGGGAAACUCAGUGACAGAUUGCCGGUUCGCGUUCAGCCUCCGUUCCAUCAGCCGGAGUCACACAAACUGACCCCUGUGAAGAGCGCCGACAACUGCGUCUCCAGCCAAACACUCCCAGUGAAGUCUCUAGAGGAAGUAGAUGAUCCAGACAGUAAAGGUCUGACCAGUCCACCUCCGCUGCCCCCUAAACCAGAUCCAGUCCUGCUCAAGAACCAUUUGGCAGCUUUGGAAGAGAGUUUGCUCCAGUCCAGAGCUGUAAUGCCUUCAGGACACAAAAUGAAUCCACUUCAGACUUCAGAGUCGCCCACCAAAGUGCUCUACCAAGUUCCCAGAGAUCAGAUCGGGACAAGGAUUUCCCCGCUGGUUCCUCAGGAGCACGCGUCUGAUCCCAGUCUGCUGCAGUCGGAGAAUCACAUGGCUCUGCAGUCCAGUGCGCUGCCCGUAAACUCUCUGACUCUGAAUUCACGCUCGCUGAGUCUGAAACACUCCAACCGCCGCGGAGCCGAGACUCUAGGUCCACAUCCGACCCAAAGCGUCCUUAGCAGCCGAACGGGGAGCCUGUCCUACGACAGUCUGCUGCGUCCGGCCGACGGCGUCCAACGCGUGGGAUACCAGACGCCGUUUCUUCCCAUGGAUACGAGUCUAUCCCGAGGUCCUGCCGCACGCAACUGCAGCCCGGUGUUCAUGAAUAUCAGUCGGCAUUCGCCUCAACACCGCGAGCCGUCGCCCGUCCGCUACGACAGCCUCCCCAAACCGAUCAUGAGCUCCAUCCAGGAGCGUCGCGAACCCGACGAGAAGGACAAACCUCCUCUCGCUCUCGGGCCGGACGCCGGCAUCUACGACACUCCCAGCAGACGCAGCCUUCCGCAUGAUUUCCGCGGCCCGUCGUCUCGUGGACCGACACCUCCGGCGUACGGCUCGAGGGAGUUCCUCCUGAGCAGCGCGGCGUACGGAUACGGGAGCAGGUCGCAUCUGUCUUCCUCCUCCUCGUCGUCGCUCACCCGCGCGCCUCGGACCGCCAGCUCGCCGCUGCACUUUAACCGCUCGCUCUCGCCCUCCAUCUAUCACUCUCUGGAACGACAGUCCCAACUGCCUCCGUCCACGUUCCCUUCUGCUCUUCCCACCUCCUCCUACGGCCCUCAGAAAGCUCUGGCGUUCAUCAGAGGAGAGGAAAGACCCCAACCUGAACUAUGAGUCACGGAAAUCCUCGAAAUAUCAGGGAAUUUUAAUAGCGAUUAUGCAGACAUGGAAAAUUUCAAUUCCUUGCUCAAAAGGUGUUGGGAACCCUGUCGAGAUGUUGAUAUACCAUCACUUAUUCUUCCAUUUAAACUACCGGUCAAAUUUGCUGCUCAAGAAACAUUUUCGAUUAUUAUCAAUGUUGAAAACAGUUCAUAUUUUUGUGGAAACUGUAAUAAAUGAGUUUUUUUUAACCCAAACUUUAUAACAGUUUCCACAGAAAUCUGAAGCAGCACAACUGUUUUCAACAUUGAUAAUAAUCAUAAAUGUUUCUUGAUCAUCAAAUCAUCAUAUCAGAAUGAUUUCUGAAGGAUCAUGUGACACUGAAGACUGGAGUAAUGAUGCUGAAAAUUCAGCUUUGAUCACAGGAAUAAAUUACACUUUACUAUAUAUUCACAUAGAAAACAAGUGUUUUAAAUUAAAAUAAUAUUUCACUAUUUUUACUGUAUUUUGCUCAAAUAAAUGCAGCUUUGGGUAGCAGAAGAGACUCAAAAAUUGUAAUUAUUACAUUUUAACGGUUGUGUAUGUAUUUUUAAAAUGUAUUUACAGGAAUAUAUUGCAUACUAAAAUUCUAUUCUAUGAGCAAUUAUCAUUUAUUUAGUUUAUUUUUAAAAUUUUAAUAACUCAAGU